AAUUAUAUUUUUAUGGUUAUUUAAAUUAAUGGAAAGAAAUUAAAUAAACUGAAAAUAAUGACAACAGGAUUUACAGCUCGCGUAGACAACAUACGAAAUACAUUAAUUGCCAUAAGCAAGCGAAGAACUUUUAGAUAUGGUGUUCCGUUUAUAUUAUUUGUUGUAGGAGGAUCGUUUGGUUUGAGGGAAUGGACACAAAUUAGAUAUCAGUUUUCACAAGUAAAAGGUGUGAGUAAGGAAGAAGCAGAGAAAAUGGGCCUUCACAGAGAAAAAACUGUUUCUUUGGAUACUGCAUAUGAAGAAAUACAAAAAUUGGAUAUUGAUAAUUGGGAAAACAAACGAGGCCCUAGACCAUGGGAAAUAAAUGAAUCAAAAAAACUCAAUUAACUAUGCCUACCUUAAAUACAUUGUAGUUUUUUUAAAGUUUAGUAUUUACAUAGCAGUAAAUUGUUUGAAUAAAAUCAAAUAAUCACUAAUAAGUACCAAUCUAAUUCACCUCCGACACUACAUGACGAUCACAAUCACUCUGUCGAGAGUGACACUAUCGAGAAGAAGAAUUCACCUUAUUAAACUAAUGUAUUCAGGUUUUGAAAAUAUUGAUAAUCUGAUUAUUUUUAUGAAAUACAGCAGCCUUUUUCUAAUGUUCCAUUCUUAGGAAGUAUGAAAGGGCUUAAAUCUUAUUGAAUAUUCUUGAACUUGAAUGUAUAAAAAUGAAAUGUAAAAUAAAUAGAAGUUUGAGAUUUAAACAUCUUGCACUCUCACUUGAUGUCCAAAAUGUGCAGGACCUAGGUAUUUCAAUCGUGAAACAUAAAAACAGCAACUAAACAAUUAGAGAAUUGCAUUCAAAAAGUGUUUCAUAAAACUAUUUAAUAUCAGUAGGUCAUGGUGAAAUCGAAAUUCCUUAAGAUAAACGAUUAUAAUUAAGUUAUUUAAUUUUGUUACAGGAAGUGUGAAAUGCUAUGAAGGUAAUAAAAAGCACAUGGUACAAUUCCGUAAACUAAUUGUUUACUCAGUACAACUCCGUAAAACCAGUUUUAAAAUGAAAAACUAUUCAAAAGUAAUUUCACAGGCACUUUUAAAACUUUGGCUUUAUCACGGAAUGCAGUUCAUCACUGGGUAGAAGAAGCUGGGUCUGGAUAUUUUCCAAAAAUAUGUACAAUAGGUACAUAAUUUAAUAAAUUAUUGCGUUACACAAGCGCAAGCACAUUACAACAAAAAGGAUUUUGUUACAUUUGCACUUAUUCCAUUCCAUUAUUCCAUUUUGACCCCACACUUACUAGAGGGUUCUAGGCUAAUGAUUGCACACGAUUGCUAUAUGGGCUAGAGAUGCCUGUGUACAAAAUAUUAUUAAAUCUUUACCUAUAAUAAAAAUACUCUGUUGGUAAUUCGUCGUAUUCAAUCAAGCAAGGAGUCAAGCAAUCUACAAGUAGCCAUUUUUUCACUUUUGGUGGAUUUAGCUGCUCCUAAUACAGCACUCCCACCAUAGAUAUUUUCCUUUGGAGUGCGAUGUUGACGUCGAUGGCACAGGUUGGCCAGGCUUGAUGUACGGUAUAUUUUUCUUGGAAUUAUAGUAGUACGUACAUAUAUCCAUUUUUUAAUAUAUAUAUAUUUCAGUUGGUGAUGACAAUCUUCGAAAUCAAUUUAAGACUCGGUAUUACCAAAAAUUUUGUUAUUCGUAGCAUGCCAAUAGCCCAUUUAAAUAAAAAUGACAAAGUCUUAAUAUACAAUUUACAUCAACAUAAUAUUUAUAAGAAACUGAAUUUGGCAAAAUGGUUGCUAUAAAAACUAAAUACCGCUCGCGUCCAAAGCCUAAAUCCAAUUGUAAUUACUAACAUAGAUCCAAACAUUGAUGAAGUAAUUUGAAAAUCGCAACUUCAUACAUCUCAUUAAAUGACAAUUUUAUUGAUUUGUUAUUGACUAAUAUGGGGGAAUAAUGGGAAUAAAUAAUGCAUGGUCAUCCGACUCCAAAUUAGGAUUCCCUCUUGAUGGGUACCUGAGACUGAUAUACAUGCGUAAAUACAUUUUAAU